UCGUUAUCCUAGUAGUACUAGGUAGGAUCAGCAUCAUCAGCAUACGAUGUGAGUAUCCAAAAACUUUUGAAGGUGACUCACCCUCUCCACUCGUCAUCACCAUCAUCAUCGGUUAAGAUUUGCUAAAGGGAUAAGAACAAAGAAGAAAAUCCACGAGGACGUUCCGCUAAAUAUAAAAAGCAUUCUGUUACUAGUGUGAUUUAUCGAGUUUUCUGUUAUCAUCACACACAUUACAAUUACAAGGACAUUAGCAACAAUGGGUUCUCUUAUGGCAGGAUGGAACUCUCCCACCUUGGACCCUAAGUUAGAGACACGUAGGAGGAAUAAAUCGCUGACGAAAGAAGAAAUCGCUGCGUUUUGGAGAACAAAAAAGAAGAUAGAGGAAGAACAUGUCCAGUCUGUUCUUAGGGUGAAGGAGUCCAUAGAUAAGGAUGAUGUAACAAGCUUGGACUUGGAACACCAUAUCAACAAAAUUGACUCUGGCUGGUGGACCAAGAGCAGCUGGGCAUUUCUGAAUGAACCACCAGAAACGGAACCUACCUCCAAGAAUAAGUAUGCGUCGCAGUUUCACGUGGCCAACUUGGGAUCAUCAAGUGGAAUUAGUGCUUGAUAUAUAAACUAUACUUUAUUUCCAUACAAAUACUAGUAUUGUAUAGAGUUAUGCCUCAUGUUUUGGUUCCUGUUUGGCGAGUAAUCAUGCCGCCGAACAACUCUGUUUUCAUGGUUCUUUUUCAAGUUUCAACUUUGAACUUUUGUUGAAGUGUUCCAAUGUAAAUGUUCCAUAAUGCAAAAUUCCAAAAUUGCCAAAGAGAGAA